AUGUAUCUUGCAAUUGAUCUCCGAUUCCUUAUCAACCUCGUCGCCCGAAGCAUUUUUUGGGUAGCCAUUCAACAUAUCAAGUUCAGUGAAGGUUUGGAUUUCUGUUUUAAUUCCUCACUUGAAGGAUACAAGCUAGACGCAAGAAUAUUGAAGACACAGCAUGCCUCGACAUGGAUUAAUUGCGUAAUCGAAUGUGCGAAGGAACCAUGUUGUAGAUCAAUCAACUACAAUAAAACAUUUGACUUGUGUGAAGAACCGAAUUGUGAAAUGUUACACAACCUGGCUUACAACACAUCUGACAAAAUAUUGCAGUUAAACCCAUCUUUUGAUCAUAUCUAUCUGGCUCAACCUGAAAAGGAUUUUCGUGCAAGCUGUAUCACAGGUCUCAACUGCGCUGAUUUUUAUGAGAAGGGAAAUAAACAAAGUGGAAUUUAUGAAGUUGACCCUGAUGGAAGAGGAAAUUUCAAAGUGUUUUGUGAUAUGACAACAUCAGGUGGAGGAUGGACUGUAUUUCAACGUCGUCUUGAUGGAAGUGUUGACUUCUACCGAGGAUGGCAAGAUUACAAACAAGGUUUUGGUAACUUGAGCGGAGAAUAUUGGCUUGGUCUUGAAAAAAUACACAGGAUGACAAAUAUUUUAGAAAAUGAACUUCGUAUCGACAUGGAAGAUACAUCUGGCAACACCAGAUACGCUCAUUAUGAUUAUUUCACAGUCGACAGCGAAAUCAAAAAGUUUCGGUUGUUUAUUGGAGCAUUUGAAGGUACAGCAGGAAACUCGUUAUCAUAUCAUAACCAUAUGGCUUUCAGCACCAAAGAUUCUGAAAAUGACGUUGAUUCAAAACGUAACUGUGCGGUGACAUACAAAGCAGCCUGGUGGUAUCGUCAUUGUCAUCAAUCCAAUUUGAAUGGUUUGUAUCUUUAUGGCAAACACACAUCGCACGCCAAUGGAGUCAACUGGAAACAUUGGAAAGGAUAUCGUUAUUCUCUGAAAUCAACAUCCAUGAAAAUACGACCACGUGUAGUUUAG